AUGCGCAUGCCCGAACCGCGUCGACUCGCGGCGGAGCUGCUGCGCAAGGCCUGUGAUUUCCAAGUGUCCAACGGGGUUAGGGUUACAGACGGUCACCACUACUUACCAGGUCGUCGUGAUUUACCGUAUACCCCGAUGUUCCAACCCUCACCCACUCACCGCGGCCGCGUACACUAACAGAGAAGCAACAUGGCGUGUCCAACGAUAGCUCGUUAUUCAAGCUCUGAAACUCGCGAAAGAUGGUCCGUCGGUUCGAUGUACACGCUCAGGGCGCAGGCUUCGUCAGUCAGUGUCGGACAGUGCAACCUCCGCAUUCUCACCCCAGUUGCAAUGCUGCUCGAGCUCUCCAAGGUCUGUCAUCAUUCGCGCAAAGCUCGGGAGCCUAUCGACAUUGACAAGAUAUACCUCCACCCGCCACUCGGAAACGCCGAAGACGACUUGCACCAGGGGCACUGUGAGACCGGCGCUGCCAGGUCAUGUUAUCCGCCAGGAGCUGGAGAAGCGCAGGCAACAGACGGAACACCGACAGCAGACGCAGACGCCGUCGCACCAGACACAUACGUCACCGCCAGCAGGAACGCCCGUGCCCUUCUCAGGCCGCGCGCGACUGGAUGCAGCGAAGGCCGUGGUCCAGCGUACCUGCGGGAAGCUCGCACGCACGCCCCGUACCUGGGGCACACCGGGCUUCCUCGCCUUCCACGACCGUUCUACGUGGAGUGCGUGGGCCGCGGGGGCGAGGGAAGCCUGUGGCGUGAGGGAAGGUCGGAAGGCCACCGCGCGAGCACACGUCCGCUGUACGCCCGCGCCGGACAGCCACAAUACCCCGCUAGAAGUUGGCGGGAACGGAGACACCCACGCGCGGUCGUGAACUGGCGCACACGCCCUACCUCGGGCCCGCACGCUAUUGCGCUCGGGUAAUACAGCAUGCAGCGCGAACGAACUCGGGCGGGACAGGUUCCGAGGGCAGGACAAACGCAGCGCACAAAACGGACUAGCAUCCUCUGCCAGCGACCG